CGAUUAGAUCUCAAAAGGCAAGUGUAACACAACAGCGAGCCAGCGAGUGGUGGCAAGAUCCACCAGAAUUGAGAACCCAGCCUGCAACUGGGGGCCACCGCCCAGCGACACGGAGCCCUGAGCGGACGCCUAAAACCCCAUGGCGCCGCCGCCCCGUUGCCUCCCCUGAUGGCGGCCGCCUCCACCUCCCCCCAUUCCGCCGCCGCCGCCACCCACGUCGACGACCUCCACGGAUUCCUCCGCAGCGGUCUCCGCACCCACGACGCCGUCCUCCGCACCCACGCCUUCCUCCUCCGCCGCGGCCUCCUCCUUGGCCACCCCGUCCCCGCCGGCCUCCUCCUCACCGCCUCCGCCUGCUCCGCGGCCUCGCCGCCUGCUCACCUCCUCAGGCUCCUUCUCCACCACCUGCCCCCUCCGCUCCCGCUAUUCUCAAUCGACGCCGCCCUCCGCGUCCUCGCCCCACGCAUCCCCUUCUCCGCGCUCUUCUCCCUCUUCGCGGCCCUCCUCCGCUCGCACCACCCCCUCUUCCCCGACCGCUUCUCCUUCCCGCCUCUCCUCUCCGCCGCCGCAUCCGCGUCCCCGCGUGUCCACCUCCCCUCUGCGCUCGCCCUCCACGCGCAGGUCCUCCGCCGCGGCCUCCUCUUCUCGCCGCCGCCCCACGCCGCCAACGCACUCCUCCACUUCUACGCAGCUGCCGGGCGUCUCCCAUCCGCCCGCCACCUAUUCGACGAAAUGCCGUUCAGGGACAUCGCGUCCUUGAACACCAUGAUGACAGCAUAUACUGCUGCACCUGGUGGCAUUGAUGUCGCGCGCCAGCUGUUCGAUGGAAUGCUCAUGAGAAAUGUGGUGUCUUGGAACAUCAUGGUUAAUGGGUACGUGAAGGUGAAGCGGCCGGAGCAAGCGCUGGAGGUGGUCAGAUGGAUGGCUGAGGUAGGGGUGAGGGGUACAGCAACAACAAUGGUAGGGGCAGCCACAGCGUGCGCCAGGUUGGGGUGGUUGUGGGCUGGGAGGGAGGUGCAUUGCGCGUUCUUGCGCCGUUUUGAGGAUGAUAACCUGUUGGUUUGGACCACAUUGGUUGAUAUGUAUGCCAAGUGCCGGAGGGUCUUGGCCGCAAGGAAGGUGUUUGAUCGGCUCAGCAUGAGGAACCUGGUAUGCUGGAAUGCAAUGAUCAUCGGGCAUUGUGUUUACGGAGAGCCUUAUGAUGGGAUCAAGCUGUUCCAUGAGAUGAUCGGGCCAGGGAAUGUGCAACCAGAUGGGAUCACUUUCAUUGGUGUUCUCUGCGCCUGUGCCCGUUUAGGUCUCUUGGAUGAUGGGAAGGCAUAUUUUGAGCAGAUGAGGACCAUGUACAACCUCAAACCGACAUUUGCUCACUAUUGGUGCAUGGCCAAUCUGUAUGGAAAGGUUGGGCUUCCAGAAGAAGCCGAGGGCCUCUUACGGAGUGUGCCGGAGGAUCUUAAGUCCCGGGCAUUGGGUGGCCUACUUGGGCUGUGCCGGUUCCGGGGGGAGUGGGCAACUGGGGAACGGAUUGCCCUCAGGUUGAUCGAGCUGGAACCAAGCAACAAUGCUCACUAUGCACUGCUUUGCAGUGUCUACGCCGCUGCGGGAAGAUGGGAAGACACUCACAGGGUGAAGGCUAUCAUGAAGGCAAGAGACGAGAGGUUCAGCCCUGGACAUCGGCUCUCAAACUUAAAUGAGAUUGUCCAUGAAUACAGAGUUAGGGAGAGGCAACCUGGGAGUCAGGAGAUGUAUGCUGUCCUAGAUGAGUUGGCAUCAAGGCUGAGAAUAGAUUGCAGAUGGAAUGAGCAAAGUGAAUCUGGAAUAGAAUAGUACAGAUGCACCGACGGAUCAUAUUGGACCUGCAUAGUUUUGAAUGAGCAGCUUCACGGAGCUAAGCGAGACAAUUUGAAGAAGUGUAUCUUCAGAUGUAACUCUUUGUGCAAAGCCACUUGUGAGUAUGUUGCUACAGAAGAGAAACAUUUGGGGUGGCAAUUUACACAUGCUGAAACAUGGGCAAACUUGUGUGCUUGUGUGACUGACCUGCAAAGCAAGCAUGCUGUCAUGGAAGGGAGCCCUCUUGGUCUUGAGAAGAAUGAGGUCUUGACUAUUGAGAUGUCGACUAACUGCAAGUGGACCAACGAAACCACAAGCUGGGUGUGCUAAGAUUGGAGGAAACAGGGCAGGAUGGGUGGUCAUAACCUUAUUGGUUAAACAUCUAGUUGCCUGUGGUGAUGAAGGGAUGGUACAGCUACGUUUUUUUUCUGCCUUUUGUUUUUGCCUCAUUGCCAUUGGCUUGUAGAGAUUCAGUCUUUUGACAAUUUUGCAGCGGGAGCUUAGUACUGUUAUGUGGUGUAGGCCUGAUGAAUGCCAAUUUGAGCCAUUGGUGGUUGUAGGAAAAAAGAGAAAGGGUAGAGAAUGAAUAAUUAGACACACUGAUUCAUCUUAUAUGUGUUACACUGUUGGACAAGUCAAAUAAUUGACUGAUAAUUUUGUUUUGAAAAUAA